AGCUUAGAGGGUCGUGCCAUGUCCUUCCAGAGCCUUAUCCAUCUGUCCCUGGACAACCCUGAACGUGCCCAUUGCAUUGUGGGCACAGAAAUCUGCUUGGAUCUCAGUGGGUGUGCCCCCCAGAAGUGCAAAUUCUUCACCAUCAGUGGCUCUCCAGGGGUCUUCGUCAAUAUCCACAACACAGGCCCAGUAAUAACCAGUGAGGAGGCUGCCGUGAACCGGUGGUCCCUGUCUGAUCCCAUGGAUGUGCUGGUAAAGAUGACGUCCCCCAGCACGGUCAUUGACGAGGAAAAGGUUUUGGUCUCAUACUAUCAGCCUGAUGAAGAGGUCCCCGUGGCCACAGCUGAGCUCUACCUCACUGGCGUUGCCGUCUCCCUGGAUGUGGACAUCUACCGCAAUGGGCAAGUCGAGAUGGCAAAUAACAAACAGGCUAAGAAAAACUGGGUCUGGGGCCCCAAAGGUUGGGGUGCCAUCCUGCUUGUGAACUGCAGCCCCACUGACAUGGGCCAGCUCAUAGACAAAAAGACCACAAGGGUGAUCUUUUCAGAGGAAAUCAAGAGUCUGUCCCAGAUGACACUGAAUGUUCAAGGACCCAGCUGCAUUUUAAAGAACCAUCAACUGGUUCUCUACACCUCCGAGGAAGAGUCGGAGAAGACCAGAGUCUACCGGCCUCAAGAAGAUGGCUCCAGCACCUUUGAGUUGGUGCUGGGGCCUGGCCGGCACACCUACACCUUUGCUCCCCUCGAGAGCCACUUGAAGGAGACCUUCUACGUUGAAGCUUUAGAGUUCCCGUCCGCCGACUUCUUUGGCCUGAUUUCCUACUCUGUCUCCCUGGUAGAAGAGUCUCAAGACCCGUCAAUUCCAGAGACCCUGGUAUACAAGGACACAGUAGUAUUUCGGGUGGCUCCUUGCAUCUUUACCCCUAGCACCCAGAUGCCUCUAGAGGUCUACCUGUGCAGAGAGCUGCAGGUUCAAGGUUUCGUGAGCGCGGUGGUGGAGCUCAGCGAGAAGAGUAACAGCCAGGUGGCGUCUGUCUACGAGGACCCCAGCCGCCUGGGCAGGUGGCUCCAGGAUGAGAUGGCCUUCUGCUACACCCAGGCUCCCCACAAGACUAUUUCCUUGGUCCUCGACACCCCUCGGGUCCUCAAGCUCGAAGAUUUCCCCAUGAAAUACUCACUGAGCCCAGGGGUUGGCUACAUGAUCCAAUGCACCAAGGACCAUCGGGUGGCCAGCAUGGAUUCCAUUGGGAACCUGAUGGUGUCCCCACCUGUCAAGGUCGAAGGGAAAGAAUAUCCUCUAGGCAGGAUCCUCUUUGGCAGCAGCUUUUACCCCAGCAAGGAGGGCCGGGCCAUGAGUAAGGCUCUCCGGGACUUCCUCUACGCCCAGCAAGUGCAGGCGCCGGUGGAACUCUUCUCAGACUGGCUGAUGACUGGCCACGUGGACGAGUUCAUGUGCUUCAUCCCUACGCACGACAAGAGUGAGGGCAAAAAGGGCUUCCGGCUGCUCCUGGCCAGCCCCAGCGCCUGCUACAAACUCUUCCAGGAGAAACAGAAGGAAGGCUAUGGGGACAUGCCUCUGUUUGAAGAAGUGAGGGAGGAUCAGCUCCUUUCUAACGGGCGGGAGGCCAAUACCAUCAAUCAACUUCUGGCUGAUGAAAACAUGAGAAAGCAGAACGCCUAUGUGGAGAAAUGCGUUAACCUGAACCGUGACAUCCUGAAGAGGGAGCUGGGCCUGGUGGAGAAGGACAUCAUCGAUGUCCCACAGCUCUUCUGCUUGGAGCAGCUGACGAAUGUCCCCUCCAGCCAGCAGACCGAGAAACUCUACGCGAGGCCGUACUUCCCCAACCUGCUGCAGGUGAUUGUGAUGGGCAAGAAUCUGGGCAUCCCCAAGCCUUUUGGGCCCCAGAUCAAGGGUACUUGCUGUCUGGAAGAAAAGAUCUGCCAGUUGCUGGAGCCCCUGGGCUUCAAAUGCACCUUCAUUAAUGACUUUGACUGCUACCUGACUGAAGUUGGAGACUUCUGUGCCUGUGCCAACAUCCGCCGGGUGCCCUUCGCCUUCAAAUGGUGGAGGAUGGUACCUUAG